UCGUGCUGGCAUAGAGGACUCUAAGAAGUGGGGGAUGCUGUUUCUGGUGAAUCAGUUGUUCAAAAUCUACUUUAAGAUCAACAAACUUCACUUGUGUAAACCCCUGAUCAGAGCCAUUGACAGCUCCAAUCUGAAAGAUGACUACAGCACUGCACAGAGAGUCACGUAUAAGUACUAUGUUGGACGCAAGGCCAUGUUUGACAGUGACUUCAAGCAGGCCGAGGAAUACCUGUCGUUUGCCUUUGAGCACUGCCACCGUUCAAGCCAGAAGAACAAGAGAAUGAUUCUGAUAUAUUUGCUUCCGGUAAAGAUGCUGUUGGGCCACAUGCCAACCAUUGAGCUUUUGAGAAAGUACCACCUCAUGCAGUUUGCUGAAGUGACCAAAGCUGUCAGUGAGGGCAACCUGCUGCUGCUCAACGAGGCGCUGGCGAAGCAUGAGACCUUCUUCAUCCGCUGCGGCAUCUUCCUCAUCCUCGAGAAGCUGAAGAUCAUUACCUACCGGAGCCUCUUCAAGAGAGUGUAUUUGCUACUCAGAACACACCAGUUGUCUCUGGAUGCCUUCCUGGUUGCCUUGAAAUUCAUGCAUGUGGAAGACGUGGACAUUGAUGAAGUGCAGUGUAUUCUGGCCAACUUGAUAUACAUGGGUCACAUCAAAGGUUACAUAUCCCAUCAGCAUCAGAAGCUGGUCGUCAGUAAGCAGAAUCCGUUCCCUCCACUAUCUACGGUCUGCUGACACCCAGCCUGUGCCCACCAUGCUCUACAGCCCCAGUCCUCUGGUGCAUCCUCAGGGCUGCUGAGGCUGAGUUUGCCAGCACACCGAGUGUCUUGGUAUCUCCUCCAUCGUCCGUAACCACUGUCACCUUGCCAGCUCAUGGAGACUGGGAAUCCUUUUUCAGGAGGUAUAAACCGCACUGCUGGCCACAGCGUUCAUGGACUCCUGGGACAGAGGCGGCUGCACUUUGUGCUCACAUUCUGCUCAGGAAGGUGAUCCUUGUAACUUUUGUAGCUCUUUUCUUUUAAAAAGGUCUUCUGAGUUUAUAAUAAUGACAUACUGUUUGUUAUAUCUUCCAGAAUAGGUCUAUUUUCAUAUAUUA